UGACACUAAUACAGAGAAACACAAACGUCUAGAAGACUUAACAAUCAAAUCAAUCAUCAAAAAGGGAAACUUUAAGUUUUCUAAGAAAACGAUGUCGUUUUCGGUUGCCGUUUCCAACUCGCCGGUGUUCUCUCCGUCCUCGUCUCUUUUCUGCAACAAACCGUUAAACAUUUCUCCGGCGCAUGAAACCCUAACCCUGUCUCUUUCCCAUCUCAAUCCUCCCGUUUCUUCUCUUUCUCCCUCCUCUGCUGCGUCUCCCACGUCUCCGUUCUGCCUCCGUCUACUGAAACCACAGGCUAAACUAGGGUUUGGAUCCGACUCUGGUCCCGGAGGCGUUCUUAAGAGGAAACGACCAAUGAGGCUUGAUAUACCGGUGGCUCCGGUGGACAUUGCAGCUCCGAUAUCGGAAACGGCGGUGAAUGCACAGACGCAAAGGAAGGAGAGUAGAGAGGUGGAGAGGGACGGUGAUGGUUACUCGGUUUAUUGCAAGAGAGGUAAAAGAGCAGCUAUGGAGGAUCGUUUCUCUGCCAUCACAAAUAUUCAAGGAGAACCCAAAAAGGCAAUAUUCGGAGUCUAUGAUGGUCAUGGAGGACCAAUAGCGGCUGAGUUUGCGGCUAAGAACUUGUGUAAUAACAUUCUAGGAGAGAUAGUUGGUGGGAGGAACGAUUCAAAGAUUGAAGAAGCAGUAAAACGUGGUUAUCUAGCGACUGAUUCUGAGUUUCUCAAGGAAAAAGAUGUUAAGGGCGGCUCGUGCUGUGUCACGGCUCUGAUCAACGACGGGAAUCUUGUGGUGGCCAAUGCUGGUGACUGCCGUGCUGUUUUGAGCGUUGGAGGAUUCGCGGAGGCCCUGACUUCUGACCACCGCCCUUCGAGAGAUGAUGAACGAAACAGAAUUGAGAGCUCGGGCGGUUAUGUCGAUACAUUCAAUAGUGUUUGGAGAAUCCAAGGAUCUUUAGCUGUAUCUAGAGGAAUAGGAGAUGCUCAUCUCAAACAAUGGAUAAUAUCUGAACCAGAGACAAAGAUUCUCCGAAUCAAUCCCCAACACGAGUUCUUGAUCUUAGCAUCAGACGGUCUAUGGGACAAGGUUAGCAAUCAGGAGGCAGUAGACAUAGCUCGACCAUUUUGCAUAGGAACCGAUCAAAAACGGAAGCCAUUGUUAGCUUGCAAGAAGCUCGUUGACCUCUCUGUAUCACGAGGCUCCUUGGACGAUAUUAGUGUGAUGUUGGUUCCGUUGUGCCGCUUCUUCUGACCAUAGGAGAAAUGUACAGACAAGAUAACAAUCUAGACGUUAGAAUUUGAAGCAUUCUUACAUUCUUUAAUUCGCUUUUAACUUCAUUUAUUUAUUAGGAUACUUUUUGUAUACCAUCUUAGAUUGUCUCUACUCUCGCUGUCCAUCUUCUAUGUAAUAACUCUAUAAAGCUUGUAUGUGAGU